CUCGCCACAACCCAGCCAUCAAACCCUUUUAUUUUAUUCAAGAACUUCUUGCGAAACGAGACAAUAUUGAGAAAAAAGGACGCGAUUGCUCCCACGGCGAACAAUUCGAUCUUUCCAAUCUCCCUCCAUGCUGGCCAACGAAAUUCGGGGCACCAGACUCGGCCGGCCUGGUGUGUCACGCAGCCUUGCUUGACCCCCUCGAUUCUUCCCUCGCUGGUAAUAAACAGUCCCCGCGAGACCCGGAGUAAGCGGUAGACGAUAACGAACGAAACGACAACAUCAACGGGGCGGCUUUACCCUGACGCGCAGCACGACCGCCGCCAUGGAUGAACCACAAAUUCUCGCCGAACGCGGUCACGGCGCGUCCUUUGCGCCGAUGAGCAUGCGUCCACUCAUAGCCCGCGCGGAGCUUAUUGCACGAUCAAAUGACUCUCCCUUGUCGGCGGGGGGCAUCGCAGGUGCAGUGAUUGGUAGCGUCGUUGGCGCAGUCGUUAUUGCCUUUUGUGCAUACCCUUUUAUCGUACGGUACAUGAGGAAGAGGCGAGGCGAUGUCCCAUUUGACCCGGAGGCAGAGAUACAGGCCGCCCAACAAGAGGCGAUGAAUGGAUCCGCAAACUCACCCGUCACGAAGCAACUAUCUAUGGACCAAUAUGGCCGUGGACAGCCCAGCUCUGAGGAUAGCAAUGCUGCCUCAAUGUUCAAGAAUGGCAUGGCUCAACAACCCAGCCCUGGGAGCCCGCAAAAUGGGCAGUCGGCCGCUGCGAUUUGUACACCCCCUCCAGACAGACAACAGCAGUCACCGAAUCUAGAUCCCAUGACUGGGCCCCAGCGGGCAGCCACAAACCUCACGGCAACUACUUUUGGCACACAGAUGACGACUCCGCCGCCAGAGAAGGAACGUCGAGGGUCCCAGGCUUCUACAUGGUCCGCGCUAUCCAAAGCCAUGCGCUCUACUACCUCCGUGUUUCGUAGGACGAGCGAGAGGUCGAUGCCGCACCAUUAUGCAUCCCAGGAUUCUUCGUGGACACAGGCUCCAACAGGUCAGCCCAUGUAUCAAGAGCCCCUCUCCAUGGCCCCUGUGACAACGACCUACUCGACCAGCGGAGCAGCGGCAGCAUACUACUACCCAGAAGGAGUGCCUGUCACUCAAUUGAACACACCGAUGACGGCACAGCCGGACAUAUCUACCUUUGCCGACGCCCAAGCCUUUUCUCAUAUGGGUGCAGAAACCCAGCUAGGCCAGGACAUCUCGCAAGGUUUACAACAGCCCGAUCACUCCAACCAGAAAAAUAAUGCCUUGAUGACACCGUCACAAUCACCGGACAUGGUCAACCAGAGCUUCAAUGGAACACCUGCCUCAGGGCUUCAAAUGUUCGGCACGCCUAUACAAGGGCAAGGGAUGUUGAGCUUGCCUGGUGGAUCAGCAGAGGAUUUCACAUACCCUCUCGGCACCGGGCAGUUGACGGCCAAUGGUCUUUCUCUCGACAAUGGGACUGUCAAUCCGCAAGAUCUGAACGCUUUGAAUAUCGGCCUGAUGCCAGAUUGGCAGGCUGGCCUUGGUAAUAACGGCUAUCCUUCAGACUUGGGGAAGACGACCUCGGUACAGCAUAUCCCCAACCCAUCUCAGAUGCAAAUGAAUGAUCAGCAAUUCUCGAACAUUCAACAUCAGCAACAACAAAAUAUUGAUAUACCUAUUGGCGACAUCAACGCGAUGGAUAACUUCUUCGAAGGUGUCCCUGGAUACACCAAAUCCGAGGCUCCCAAGACCGAAAUUACACCGCCAAUGCAGCAAUAUCCCCAAACAACCUCAGCUGCACCCCUGCAGCAGUAUCAAUCUUCGCCUCCGCUUGCGGCUCCGUAUACUCCUGUCGUAAUCAAGUCUGAGCCCGAUAUGGUCGAAAAUUUCUACAUGGAUUCUCUCGAGAACGCAUUUGACCCAGCACCAAAUCGCCAAGGUCACAAGCGCGACUACUCACACUCGUCGGUGUCUGUUGGGAUACCAUCAAACUUUGCAAACACGCCUAGUACACAUAUCACGGGGACAUCGUCCAGCUACAGCGGCAGCUUAUCUCCAUGCCCCCCGCCACAGCAAGGAAUGUCUCCUGGAGAAGCGUCAGGUUCUGAGGCACCAAAACCUUUUAAGUGUCCUGAUUGUGGCCGAGAAUUUGAGGAGAAGCAUAAAUUGAAUCACCACGUUCGAUACCACGACCGAAAGUAUCGCUGUACGUACACCGACUGUACAGCCACGUUUGGCACCAAGACUCAUCUGGAGCGCCACGUCAACGACAAGCAUACCAAGUCCAAGGGCUUCCACUGUAGCGUUGAAGGCUGCCCGUACUCGCGAGUCAACGGCAAAUCAUUUCCUCGCAAGGAUAACUGGCGAAGGCAUAUGCAAAACAAGCAUAAGCGCGAUCCGGACCAGGAACCCGUCGUUGCGGCCGAGGUCGAUGCCCAUAUGGCGGAGUCUUGAGCAGUCCCGAUACUGUAGAUAAGAUCUUCAUGAGUUUGAGUCAAUCCUCCAACGGCCUCCACUGAGCAGUAAUGGCGUGGGCCUUAGCUCAGUAUACAAUCUGAACUACGGAUCAUCCUUGCCACUCAGUAGCCGCAACCCGAAAACUUGUGUGUUUGCGGGCAAUGGCGAUAUUCCGGGUCCUCGGACGACGGAUAGGCUAGGUCCUAGGAUGACAGAUAGCCUGGGGCCAACGAUCGACGAUAGGCUGGGUCCAAGGAUGACCACCAAGCUGUGUUCAAGGACGACCGAUAGGCUGGGUCCAAGAACAAGUGUUGGCCCGGGUCCAAUGCCGACCGUUACAGAGCCCAAAACGUAACAAGACGCAAGGGGCAUUUCUCAACUUCAGCUUGCCAGCCCACGAUGAUGGGUGAGGGCAGUGUAAUUUAUGCAUAUACCCCAAAAGCGUCCUUAUGUAUUCUCCUGUUUUUUUUUCAACCACAGUUUCUCGGGAACAGGUUCUAAGAGGGAGGUUUCAUGUCUGAUAGGCUUUCCCACGACGACGACAGCGUCUUCUACGCUGUCCGCCAAGCGACACUAGACAGUCACAACUUAUAUUAAAUAGCGGCACAUAUGCCCAGGUUUUGUAAAUGAAACUCUGAUAAUGUCGUUGUAGCUCUCAGGGAACCGAGACGCCAUAUUUGUGGAGUUUGAGCGUCAGCCAUUGCUUUGGGAGGCCAGGAAACAUUGUCGUUCAAGAAGGGUAGCCGGCCUGGACAUCUAAUUUAACAAAUCCUGUGUCUGUCACUUGGCUCUCAGUUCAAAUUUGUUCGAACUUUUGAGCAACGCGUUUGUUACCCAGAGCUCGCCCUAUAAAAUUCUCUGCCGCACAACUUUCCCAAUAUUUCCAGACUGAACUGCUAACAAACACUUUUCUACCUGAGUGGUUCCCGCUCCGCCUCUUCCACUCUGCUAUCUAACACAACUUCGCCAUUAGCUCGUAGCAGCUAACUCGUCCCCUACCUCGAAGAUGCCUAAGAAACGCACGCUCAUUCGCUCCGAACCUGGACAAGGUUGCCAGGUUUGUAGAAAGUGGAUGGCAAAAACCAAGUGCCCAGAAAAUAUUUGCGGCAAGCUUGCUGCUUAUCCUCCCCAAGGUUCUGAAUCCGACAAAUGCGAAUAUUGCAGUCGUGCUAACAAAACCGACUGUUCGCGUAAUACCAACAAAUGGGGCGAGGAUUGCGUAAACUAUCAAGACCCCAUCGCAGAGACGUCGGUCUUCCUCGAGAAAAGUGCAUUGGCACUUCUCGACACUCUUGGCGGUAUUGGGCUGCUCAAAAGCACAAACUCAGCCAAUCCAGAGAUUGCCACGGUUAUUGAGGGGCUUGAGGAGAAGGCCAAGAGUGCCCGCGAGAUCUUUGAGAAGGCUUGCGACAUCUGGUUGGAGGCCUGUACGCUGCAAAGGGAAACUGCAAUGGCAAUAACCCAAUUGAUGACAGCCUUGACAGCCUUUCCGAGAUCAUGAAAACCUGUCUUCUCCUUCAACUCCUCCCCCACAGCCCCGAGGCUAGGUUGCACUCCGCAAACUUUCUUUUGAAGAGCGGUGGUGCAACGGACUCUACUUUUCCCCCUCUAGUAGUGAAUCAACUUCUGCAGGCUCGACAGAAGGCUAAGGAGGAAACUAAGAAUGACUUCUAUCUUUGACGGCUUACUUCGAGACCGCUGCGACCACCCAUCGUACCAAGCGUUGCACUUUCCCCCGAGUGUGUUGUCGAUCAAGAAGAUACAGGCCCUCGACAGCAAGGGAAACGGGGGUUGCUGGUCUUACGCUUGGGCUUCUGCCAUCUUCAGGUCACUUUGCGGCAUAUCGGCGAGGAGUUCAAGUUCAGGUAGAACAUCCCUGGUUUGUUUUUUUCUUUGAGAUUGGGAUUUCGGUCUUAGCUAGCCAAGGAAUUGAUUAUUCUCAGCUCA